AUGUCUGAAAAAUUAAUAAGGCUUCAAUGUGGAUAUCAAAAUUAUGAUUGGGGUAAAAUUGGAUCAUCAUCAGCUGUUGCACAAUUUGUUAAAAAUUCAGAUCCUUCAAUAAAAAUUGAUGAAUCAAAACCAUAUGCUGAAUUAUGGAUGGGAACUCAUCCUUCAGUUCCUUCAAAAGCUAUAGAUAUUGGAAAAACUUUACGUGAGUUAAUUGAAUCAAAUCCAACUGGAUUAUUAGGAGAGUCAAUUAUUGAAAAAUUUGGUUCUUCAAAGGAGUUACCUUUUUUAUUCAAAGUAUUAUCAAUUGAAAAAGUAUUAUCUAUCCAAGCACAUCCAGACAAAAAAUUAGGAGCUCAAUUACAUAAACAAGAUCCAAAAAAUUAUCCAGAUGAUAAUCAUAAACCUGAAAUGGCAAUUGCUGUAACUGAUUUUGAAGGAUUUUGUGGUUUUAAGCCAGUUGAUCAAAUCUCAAAAACUUUGGAACUUAUCCCUGAAUUAAAAUCUAUUAUUGGUGAUGACUUAUCAAAGGAAUUCAUAAAUGAAAUAAAACCAAGUGCAACUACUGGUUCAGAAGAUGACAAGAUAAACCGUAAAUUAAUUCAAAAAAUUUUUAGUAAAUUAAUGAACACAGAUGAAACAAAAUUAUCUCAAAAAGCUGAAGAAUUAGUUAAAAGAAGCGAAGAAGAUCCUGUUUUAUUUCAAAAGAUUGAUUCUAGAUUACCUGAAUUAAUUCAAAGAUUAAAUAAACAAUUCCCAAAUGAUAUUGGAUUAUUUUGUGGAUGUCUUUUAUUAAACCAUGUCAAUUUGAAAAAAGGAGAAGCAAUGUUUCUACAAGCAAAAGAUCCUCAUGCUUACAUAAGUGGUGACAUAAUCGAAUGUAUGGCGGCUUCAGAUAAUGUAGUUAGAGCUGGAUUUACACCAAAAUUUAAAGAUGUUAAAAAUUUAGUUGAAAUGUUAACAUAUGCUAGUGAACCAGUCGAACAACAAAAAAUGAAACCAUUGAGUUUUCCAAAGUCUAGUGGAGAUGCUAAAAUUUCAAAUUUGUUUGAUCCACCAAUUGAAGAAUUUUCAGUAUUACAAACCGUUUUUGAUACAAAGGGAGGAAAACAACACUUUGAAGGUAUCAACGGUCCUUCAAUUAUUAUAGCUACAAAUGGAUCAGGUUUUAUUGAAAUUGUAAAUCAUCCUUCUUCGAAACAAAAAAUUGAUACGGGAUAUGUUUUCUUUGUUGCUCCAAAUACUGAGAUUAACUUGACUGGUGAUUCUGGUGAUGAUGCGUUUACAACAUAUAGAGCAUUUGUUGAAGCUUAA